AUGACGUCAAAGUGGGUGCUGGUGCUGCUGCUGGCGGGGUCCACGUGGCCCGCCUUGGGCGGCGAGCCGGUAUUCGACCCGAGCACCCUGAUGCGGCUGGUGCUGGUGCCGGCGGAUGCGGCGGUCGGCUCCAUCGUCUACCGCGUCCGCGCCUCCGACCCAGACUUCGACUACCCGCUGCACUUCGAACUCAUUGGUCAAAUGGGCCGUUUGGACAUUGGAGUAGAGACCUUGCCUUGCACGCGUUAUAACUCCGUGUGCCAAGCAAACGUAAUUCUUCUACGAAGGCUCGAGCCGGGCCGCUAUGUGGAUUUUCGGUUAUCUGUUCGCAAUACCAGAGGGCGCAGUUCCCGCAUUGCGUGUUCCAUUACUGGAACGAAUGCGACUACACCUAGGGACACCAUAUUUCCACAUCAGCCAGGCAUUAUAUUGGUACCUGAGGAUGCCAAACGGGGAACGGACCUGGAGAUAGUGAUAGCGAGGAAGAGUCCGUUGUCGCCGAAGCCUUUAGAACUGGAGCUUUGGGGAUCGCCGCUGUUUGCGAUAAGGCAGCGGCGAGUAUCAACAGAAAAUACAGAAGGCACUAUUUUCCUCGUCGGCCCGCUGGAUUUCGAAGCGCAGUCUAUGUACCACUUAACACUGUUAGCGGUGGACCCAUACGCCGAGAUAGGCAAAGAUACAAGAAACAUAGCUGGCUUAGAAGUGGUGGUGGUAGUCCAGGACGUGCAGGAUAUGCCCCCUGUGUUCACGUCGGCGCCCCCCAUCACUCAUCUGCCCCGUCAAGUGGCUCCAGGGGACAUGAUCGUGAAGGUGCGUGCUGAAGAUGGGGACAAAGGCGCACCAAGACCAAUCAGAUACGGCCUGGUCUCUGAAGGCAAUCCAUUCACGCCAUUUUUUAACAUCAACGAAACAACAGGUGAAGUGACACUGGAGCGCCCAAUCGAAGAAAUUGCAGCGAUAUCACACGCCGGGGCCCCGAUACUACUCACCGUGGUAGCGGAAGAAGUGCGGCUGUCUCGGGAAGAGCCUGAGGCAAUGUCCUCUACGGUGCAACUUGCAUUCAUCCUUCCCGAACGGGAAAACUCACCGCCAUAUUUUGAAAAUGAAUCGUACGUGACGUAUCUAGACGAGAACGCGCCGCAAGGUACAGCGCUUACAUUCAACGAACCGUAUAUCCCACAAGUAAAUGAUAACGACGCGGGCAAGAAUGGAGUUUUCUCUUUGUCGUUGGUAGGCAACAACGGAACCUUCGAGAUUGCGCCAACGGUUGCUGAGAGGCAUGCACAGUUUAUUAUUAAAGUGCGCGAUAACACCAUGCUCGAUUUUGAAGCUCGCAAAUCAGUUGUCUUUCAGAUUCUAGCACAAGAACUCGGUCCAGCAACAAAUCUAUCAGCAACUGCAAAUGUAACAGUAUAUCUGAAUGAUGUCAACGAUAAUCCACCAGUAUUUCUUGCGUUAUCUUAUGACGUGGAACUACCUGAAAAUGUAACAGUCGGUGCAAAAGUUGUGGAAGUCGCAGCUGACGACGUGGACACCGGGCAGUUUGGAAAGAUUCAAUAUACUGCCAUAUUAGGAGGAAAAGUAAAUAUUGUUGACAUAAAACCUUACAAGGGUAAUGACAAUGCGGAACCAUCAAGUCAAGAAAAAAGCGAAGUCAUAGCUGUAGUGAGAAUGUCAGGAAGUACGUCUAUUAACGUCGCUAAGCUACAAGAACAGUUAGCAAAAAAUAUGACAAUCUACAGCACUGGGUACGGCCUUAAAGACACAACAUCAUCCUCGGACCGUGACUCGGGUGUCUACAAAGCAGAAAGCCGCUUACUUUUCUGGCUGUUAAUACUCUUGGCAAUAUUAGUGGCGAAAAGAGUGAUACGUGUCAACUCCACAGAGGACGACGUGCAUCUAGUGGUGCGCGACAAAGGAGUUGGGAGGGAAAACAAGUCGAUGCAAAAUUUAGAAAAUAAGUCAAUACAAGCGACAGAUUGGAGAAGACGGGAAGCUUGGAGCGCUGAACAGGCAGAUUUGAGAACGAAACCAACACAAUGGAAAUUCAAUAAAAGAAAUUAUCGUUCAAAAGAACCCUCAAAACCUGCAUCUACUCCCGGUGAUAUGAGGCAUGAGUUCGUACAAACUGCAGAAGAUAACGAAUACAAGUAUGAUGAUACCCGACAAUCUUUUCGAGCAAGGACCUUCUUGGAUCAGGACCACGGACCGAUAAACAAUGUAGCUGGUGAACGACGGCGAGAAGAUGAUGCCGUCCGCGGCGCCCCAAUGCAUUUCUGCGACCCCUGU